CGCUCAGGGCCAGUCAGUACGCGUGCACUGGUGCUCAAGUGCGGUCCAAUCCAUCGGAGCUGGUUCGACUAGCCAAUCCACUAUUUUCGUGCCCACUCGAACGAUAACUCGACAAUUCCGCUCAACACUUGACUCGCGCCAGACGCCCGACAGUUUUUCAAAUUCGCAUCGGCUCGUUCGGUGUUUUCGAAUUAUACUUUCAAAUAGAGUGACGAAUGAGUGAAUUUUCGUUUUCUAAGCUGGCGUGGAACCGUGAUAGUGACGGGGGCGCCAUGGAGAGUUGCUACAAGUUGUACACAUGGAUUAACCACACUCUGCUGAUGCUGCUUCUACAGAUUUUCUGGAAGAUGAGCCAGUUAUCGGAAUACUUCAAAGAAAAGUCAGUAGAAGACGCGAAGAUGGAGAGAUCGUUGGUUUUCACAAAUCUCACCAAGGACUCAAAACUGAGACGACAUAUCCGAUCAAUGUCAGACGUGCAAAGCAGUACGCCUUACAGGAUAGCCUUCAGGUCGCGGAAAGGAAGCACACAGACCCUAGGAUAUGACUCCGACACAAGGGCAAGAAGAAUCAGACUAUACAACCGCCAUAUGCAAUACGAAUCAUCAGAUUCCAGCGAUUAUAAAGAAUCGCAAAGAAAACUCUUGAGCUUAGAGAGAAACAUCAUCAAACCCACCGAUUCUAUGAGGAUCUUAUAAACUAAAUGAUCUGAUUAUUGUUAACGAGGCUGUUCAAUCUAGUGGUGUGCUAAUUUGGGAUCACCUACACCUAGCACGAUAGAAUAGAAUGGUAUCUAGAGCACGAUACUCUGACGGUUUAGCAGAAUGACGCAAACUUAGUGCUUCCAAGAGGCAAUUUUCACUAAGAUUUGAUAGACAUAACACAGAGUGUGAUUUAGAUACUUCAAAUAUUUUUCUAGUAAUGAUCCCUACGUGAUUCAGCUGUAUAAUAAACGACUUUAUAGUGAUUUUCUUCUGAGACUGUGAUCGAUAGAUUUAUUAACUAAUUUGUUUAUAAGAUAUGUUUUUAAAAGAUUAAUAUAAUAUUUAGUUUAAGAUAUCUACUACAUUCGAGUGUGAAACGAAUGUUAUUAGAGGCCAUAUAAAUAAUUAGAUUUGGUUUCACAAGGUUUGUCGAUUUGUUUUGUACCAGAACAGAAUAGCAGAUGUAAAUUGGCCAACUCUUUGACAAUGGCAUGCCUACCUACCUACCUUACCUUUUAUACGUUUUGAUGAAAUUUUGAAAUUAGUUGUACUUACUUCCAAUAGCAAAUUUUUAUCAAAAUGAAUGGAUAAAUAAUAUCUAGUAGAUAACAGCAGCUUUUGUGUUUGAAAUAUGAAGCGAUUACAUUUUCAAUCGUCUAUGCCGAAAAACGUCAGGUUAAACACGGAAUUCAUUAAUCGUGUAUAAAAUAUCAAAAAAAUUUAAACUUACAUGUUGUCUCUUAGUUACGAGUAUGUUUGUAUGUAGGUAAGUAGGUAAGUAGGUAUGUUUUGUUAUAAAUAUGUAUAUUUUAAGACUACCCAACUGGUUACAAAUAAUUUGUCUUAGUUUUUUUUUAAAGAUAUAUAUAAUGACAACAAAUGCCUACUUAAUAAAAUUG